UGUGUGUUGAAGUUCCUUCGUCAAGCUGGGAAUCGGCUUCAAGGAGCAGCUCUGGCGUUUCUCUUUUCCAGGGAUGGUGCGUCGAGCGGCGGCUCCGGUGGCCGGCGUCGAAGAUGACCGGGAAAGUCUUACAAGGACUUGGAUGUAAUUGUGUUAUCAUCAGGGUUGUCUUUGUAAGAGUUGCUUGUAAACUUCUAUAUCAAUAAAUCAAUUCCACCCGGUUUCUCAAAAAAAAAAACCAACGCCGCACCGCCGCGGCCUCCGGCAGUCAGGCCUUCGCCUCCGCCUCCGCCUCCGCCUCCGAUCCCCCUCUAUCGUUCAUCCCGAAAAAAAGGCAGUUGGCUGGCACAGGCAGCGCUGAAGGAUGCCGCUGGGGCUCAUUGUGAGUUCACUCGGGCGGGCGAUGCGGCGGAAGCGGAUUUCUUCGCUCGACAUCCUCUCCUCCAAACGGGCGCCCCGGGAUUACUACAAGGGCAAGAACUGCAAGCCCACGGGGUUCCACACCCGCAAAGGGGGAUAUGUGAUUGUUGAUGAAAAGUUGCCAAGAUUUGUAGUCCCUGAUUUGACUGAUUUCAAGCUGAAGCCAUAUGUGUCACAAUGCGCCAGGGACCUCACGGCGUCCACGACUUCCACCACUACAGCUGAAUCUACCGAAAACAAGAGCUGAUCUUAUGCAGUUGCUUUAGUGAAUGCUUUGCGUUUUACAUAAGCACAGUCCAGCAUAGUGCCGAUGUUUCGAGCUCUGUAGCAUCAGCAGCCUAGCUACAUGUAGUCAUGUUCACUGUUCAGAUAGCUUUCUUGUAAUGGCAAACUUGCUGCCGCAGCAUAAAUCGUGUCGAGGUUUUCUGGUCUUCGCAUGUA